AAGACUCUAAGAAAGAAGAAGGGGGCACCAUCUAAAGACCCUCUUAUGGAAAUCGAGCCCAGCCAGAUGGAGACAAGGGGCAGGGCUGCUUAAAUAAGCGGUCUCCUGAAAGAGACAACUGUUGCCUGCACCGAAGAAAAAGCGCAAGCUGGAUUCAGGGGGAAAAAAAACGAAUCAAAGACAGGCUCUCUGAGUUUGCCAUGUCCUGUGUUUGCUCAUCUGCAGAUUAAUCAGGGCGGCCUACAUGAUCAGUGGGGACAUCUGUGGAGACUCAGCCAUGAAAGGUGAACUGCUCCUGCUUUCCAGUAUGAUCUUCCUGCUGCAGGGGGCACGUGGCUGCCCGGAGAACUGCCAGUGUCACUCAUCUUCCAGUUUUGUAGACUGCAGCCAACGGGGUUUGGCAGAAAUCCCUGCUGAUCUGCCUGCUCCGACUCUAUGGCUGAACUUACAAGAUAACCAGAUACGCCAGAUUCCUGCUUUCGCAUUUAGGUCAGUGCCGCAGCUCAUGACCUUAAACUUGGCCAAUAAUUCCCUUUCACAUCUGUCCCCUGCAGCUUUCCAGGGGCUUCAGCACUUGCAGGUUUUAAACCUAACUCAGAACUCCCUGUUCUCCCUGGACAACACAAUUUUCCAUUCUCUCCCUGGGCUGAGGGAGCUUGAUUUGUCAUCAAACUCCAUAAGCCACCUUCCCACAAGCCUGAGUGAGGAUUGGGAGAAUUUAACCGUGUUCGCAGUGCAACACAACCGGCUUCAGCAUCUUGAUCGGGCACUUCUGGAGUCCAUGCCCAGCGUGAAGCUUUUGUAUCUCAAGGACAAUAUCUGGAAAUGCAAUUGCCACUUGCUCAGGCUGAAGCUCUGGCUGGAGAAGUUUAUCUAUAAAGGAGGCGUCACAGAUGGCAUCGUCUGCAGGUCACCUGACCCCUGGAAAGGAGAAAAACUCCUUGCGAUCCCUCACGAGCUGUACCAGCCCUGCCUGCUUCCUUCUCCGGAUGCAGCACCCUCAUGGGCUCAGCAGCCCGGCUCUGCCCACAGGGGAGCCCUGAAGCCUACCGAGAGCCACGGCUCUGAGUGUGAGCUCAAACCCAAGCCAAGGCCAGCCAACCUGCGUCACGCCAUCGCCACCGUCGUCAUCACGGGGGUGGUGUGUGGCAUCAUGUGUCUCAUGAUGUUGGCAGCUGCCAUCUAUGGCUGUGCCUAUGCGGCCAUUACAGCCCGGUAUCAGGGUAGGCCGUUGGCUCCAAACCAUGAGCCUGGGAAGACGGAAGGCAAAGAGCUAUUUGACAGUUCACCAGCUUAACAGCUUUUAUCUCAAACAGCACUGAUGGUGGUGGAAGGC